GGGAAAUUUUUUUAGUUUUCCUGUCGUCACCUCGCCAAUUAAUUUACGCGGACAACUGUUAUCGCUCGUCACCGUCUCUCCCCAUUAAGCUCAGUUUCUCCCUGCAGCCUGCAGCUGAGGUGCAGUAGCCUACGCAUGGGGAAAUGAUGAACAUCAGCAGCAGCAGCAACAGGGGAAGUGGGACUGAGGCCUCCCAUCCAGAUGCUUGGCCCAACAGCCCUGCUCCUCUAAAUAUGAACCACUAUGCCAACAAGAAGAGCGCAGCUGUGAGCAUGCUGGAUGUGGCUCUACUGAUGGCUAACGCCACCCAGCUAAAGGCUGUGCUGGAGCAGGGGCCAAACAACAUCUCCUUUUACACCCCCAUCAUCACCCUAAUCAGCAUCUCCCUCUGUCUGCAGGUCACAGUGGGUGUUCUGCUUAUCUUCAUAGUUCGAUGGAACUUGAAUGAUGAGCAAAAGCAUUGGAGGCUGAACAUCAUGGAAAACUUGGCCACAGGCCUGGUUUUUAUCAUUGUGGUUGUCAACGUCUUCAUCACAGCGUUUGGAGUCCACAGGCCAAAACGCAUUGACUGACUAAGAACACACACAGAGAAGACAGAGGCAGAAAAGUGCUGCAAAUCUCCUGAGAUCAGACACCUGAACUCUCCUCCACAGCCAUACGGUAUAUGUCAUCUUUGAUGUGGCCAUUUUUCCUCUGAUUCAUUAUUAUAUGAAGAACUUGAAAUGGCCUCAAGUGAGUAAGAAAUGCAUCCACCAUUGCACUCAAGUCUUUCAUGAGCAGUCAAGUAAACAGCAUUUAAUUUAGCAUUUGAUUAACUGACUUUCUUCAUUCAACCAGUUUGAUUGUCAUUAUUAAUUAAUGAGGGUUGUCUGUUGCUCCUCAUUGUCAUUGUUAUACCACACCAGAAGAUUUUCCAUCAUCCUUGUUUCCUACUUUGGUGCACUGAAUGAGGGAGCAGUGCCCUCUAGUGCAUUUAUUGAUGUUGUUCAAUCAAUGAGAUAAAUGUUUUAUCGUCAUCUCCAUUUCAUGUUCAACUUGCUCUGGUUGCACACUAAACAGUGUCCGACACAAACACUCUGCUAAUCGCCUUUCUGGUCAUUACUGUGAAUUUUUCUGCUAAUUUAAAAAUACAAUACCAUACAGUAUGUUUGAUUAAUUGUAUGCAUAUUUCUAUGUGUAUCUUUGUC